GUACCGUGGCUUCGACGCUGUUGUGGCAGGGUGGCUUUUGGUCUAACGAAAGCCGCCGCCGCGAGUGCGGGGAAGAAGGGCUGGAAUCGCUGCGGUGGGGGCGGGGUUCGCAGCGGCACUCUGCAGGAGUGAGUGGGGAGGUUACUUGGAACGGGGCUCCCCGCCCCCGCACCGUCGGGACCGCGAGCCUGCUCUCCCCGCACCUCCUCACGUCCCACGGGCAGGGUGCUGUAUGAGAACGUAAAAGGAAGAGAAAUUUAUUUUCUGUAGACUGUUUGAAACGUCGAUAAGGAGUGCCUGUGAAGAAAACGGGGUAUUUCCCUGAGGCCUAUAUCCUACCUUGAUUGUCUUUUCUUGAAGUAUUAUAAAUCAGGAUGUCUGCACAGUCAGUGGAAGAGGAUUCAAUACUUAUCAUCCCAACUCCAGAUGAAGAGGAAAAAAUUCUGAGAGUGAAGUUGGAGGAGGAUCCUGAUGGCGAAGAGGGGUCGAGUAUCCCCUGGAACCAUCUCCCUGAUCCGGAGGUUUUCAGGCAGCGAUUCAGGCAGUUCGGAUACCAGGAUUCACCUGGGCCCCGUGAAGCUGUGAGCCAGCUUCGGGAACUUUGCCGUCUAUGGCUCAGGCCAGAGACACACACAAAAGAACAAAUCUUGGAGCUGGUAGUACUGGAGCAGUUUGUUGCCAUCCUACCCAAGGAGCUACAGACUUGGGUUCGAGAGCAUCAUCCAGAGAAUGGAGAGGAGGCAGUGACGGUGCUGGAGGAUUUAGAGAGUGAACUGGAUGACCCUGGACAGCCGGUUUCUCUUCGACGACGAAAACGGGAAGUGUUAGUAGAGGAGAUGGUAUCUCAAGAAGAAGCUCAGGGAUUACCAAGUUCUGAGCUCGAUGCGGUGGAAAACCAGCUCAAGUGGGCAUCCUGGGAGCUCCAUUCCCUAAGGCACUGUGAUGAUGAUGCUAGGACUGAAAAUGGAGCACUAGCUCCAAAGCAGGAGAUUCCUUCAGCAGUAGAAUCUCAUGAAGUUCCUGGCACUCUCAAUAUAGGUGUUCCUCAAAUUUUUAAAUAUGGAGAAACCUGUUUCCCCAAGGGCAGGUUUGAAAGAAAGAGAAAUCCCUCCCGAAAGAAACAACAUAUAUGCGAUGAAUGUGGAAAACACUUCAGUCAGGGCUCAGCCCUUAUUCUUCAUCAAAGAAUCCACAGUGGGGAGAAACCCUAUGGAUGUGUUGAGUGUGGGAAAGCAUUCAGCAGGAGUUCCAUCCUUGUGCAACACCAGAGAGUUCAUACUGGAGAAAAACCUUACAAAUGUCUCGAAUGUGGAAAAGCCUUUAGCCAGAAUUCUGGGCUUAUUAAUCAUCAGAGAAUCCAUACUGGGGAGAAACCUUAUGAAUGCGUUCAGUGUGGGAAAUCCUAUAGUCAAAGCUCAAAUCUUUUUAGACAUCAGCGAAGACACAAUGCAGAGAAACUUCUCAAUGUUGUGAAAGUUUAAGAAAUGAAAAAAAAAAUCAGCACUCAGGUCUUUUUCUUCUGAAAUGAAGACAAAAUUAAAAACAUGAAAUGAUACAUAAUAGUUUUCCUAUAGACUUAGAAAAUCCACUGGGAAAUGUAGAAAAUUUUCACCCACUAUUAUCUUAUCUUGAAAAAAAUGGUGUCAUACCUUCCUAGAAACUGAAAUUUUAAACUUAAUUCAGGUGUUAAUGCCUAAAUCUUCCAUGUGAUGUUUAUAUUCUUAUUAUUUUUCCAAAUGAUGAACUACCUGAUUCUUUGUCCCUUUGUUAAAACUUUCCUUCUUAGACAGAUACGUUAUUUGUGUUGAUCAUUGAAAUGUUCUUUACAAGGAUACAUUCCUUUCUACAUUGAAAAGCAAUGUAGGAAUUGUAAAAUCUGAAAACUGAAACCAUUUUUUCCAAAUUUACCAGUUUUCUUUUACCUAAUUUGAAUAUGCAUUUCAGAAAAUAGAAGAUAAAGGAUGACCAAAAACCUCAAAGUGAAAUGAGCCUUAAAACUCAGAUAAGAAGUGAUGGUGAUGAAACAUCAAAAAGUUUGAUGUUUAGGUCCCAUCAAAAUGGGACACCUAGAUUGGGGAAGAUUAACAAAUACUUUGAUCCAAGAAUUGAAGUAUAUCAAGAAUUUAUCUAGGUUUAGUUAGUUUCCUGCCUGCAGGAAAACUCAAAAAUAGCUCAUCUUACCUGUAAUUGGGAAGCAUCCCACUAAUGAAAAUAAUGUCCUCUCAUGUAUCAUUAGAAAGUGGACAGUCUAAACAAUAAACAGUUGUAAAACUAUGAAGGUAGAAAUUAUAACACUAGGGAAAGAUUUGUAGUGAAUGGCAGUGUUGAAGGGCAAAUGUAAACAAGAGUGAUGAUCUGUCUUGGGUUUUAGAAAACAAAAGACUUGAAGAUCUAAGUCAUUAUUUUUCCUUCAUUUUUGUUAAGGACAGAAAAAUCCAUGACAGGUGGGCAACAAGUAUCAGGUUUGCGAUUUUAUUCCUUUGGUACAAAAGGAUUGAACACCAGGCUAACAAAGCAGCCAUGCAUUUAUUAAAUUUUCUACCGACGAGGCACUGUGCUAGGUACUGUAACCCUGCCAUAAUUAGGUAGGUGCUUCUUCCACUGUAAAUCAUUGGGGGUUGGUACAAAGCUGUUGUAUGUGAGUUAGCCUCUUCCCCCACCUCUGAGAUUCCUAGAGCCAUAGUUGUCUUACCAGGGUGUUGUAUUUGGGUAAAGGAAGACUCAGUUCAAAGAGCUAGCCAGCUCUUCAGCAAUCUUCAGAGGUGAGUCCGAGAUAACUAUCACAGUUUGGAGGUUUGUGGGUCUUCUAUAAAAAAAAAAAAAAACAA